UGCUUGUUGGUGGUGUGGCCGGCGAACACUCCUCUCUCCACCACUCACGUCACACGCUCCACCACCCACACACACGCUCACGCCCGCACAGACCAGGUCUCUUCUCUGCUGUCUUGUCUCGCCUUUCUCUGUCUUCCCUCCUCUGUCUCUUUGUCGCUUUGCUGGUCGCAAUGCCACGACAAACGUCGGCGGAGGCUCUGCGACAGCUGAGUGUUCAAGUUCGCAGCGCAGAGCUGCGGCCACGAGCAGGGGCAAGCGCUCCAGACGUGUAUGUUGAAGUCGGCCUGGACAACGCAAGCGCACGGACCAAGACAAGUGUCGUGCGCCGAUCAUGGAACCCAAGCUUCCCUGGCAUCCCCAAGAACAAAAUCGGCCUCGUGGUGGACGAGUCGAGCGUGCUGGUCAUUGUGGUUAAGAGCAAGCUCAGCUUCAGAUCAGACCACACCCUCGGCACAUGCAAGCUCGCCGUGACGGACAUUCCGCCAGGCGCCGCUGCCGGCCACCAGAUGGACAUGAGGCAGACCCUCAAACUCAACGACGAGGAAGUUGGCAAGAUCACUCUCUCCGUGGGCCUCGCUGGCCAAUCAUUUUCCCGCACAUCAACACUCCCACCACAGGCAGCGGCACCACCGCAAGCCGCUGUGCAGGCGCCUCCUCUUCCCCCGGGAUGGGAGGCAAGGACAGAUGGCCAGGGCCGCACAUACUACGUCGACCACAACACACGGCGAACACAAUGGGUACCGCCGCCAAUGCCCCAGCAAGCAGCAGCACCACAGCAGCCACAGCACUCGCAGAUGCCGCCACGGAGCGGCUCGCAGUCGUACCCGCAGCCCGUGCAGCCGACCACCGUAUCCGUGCAGCCGCAGACGCCAACAGCGACGCGCGCACGCCUCUCCUCCAGCGCCGUCACGUCCGAUCAGUUUGGCCAACUCCCACCGGGGUGGGAGGUGCGGCGUGACCAGCGGAACCGCGUGUACUACGUCGACCACAACACCCGCUCAACAACCUGGCAGCGGCCCUCCACAGACAUGCUCCAGGCCAGGGACCUCUACAUGCGCCAGCGGCAACAUCUCUCGCAGGCGCAGGCGCAGCACGGCCAGCGCUCUCUCUUUGGUGACUCAUCAUCCUCCUCCUCAUCGUCAGCACAGCAGCCGCCACAGCAGGAACAACAGCCGCCGCCGCAAGAGUCUGGCGAAGGACCACAGCAGGAUGUUUCUUCCUCAACGGAUGGCGGAGACGCGUCGACAGCGGCGGAGCAGCAGCCGGACGACGGCCUGGGGCCGCUUCCGAAGGGUUGGGAGAAGCGAACAACACCGACGGGCAGGCCGUAUUUCGUGUACCACCCAGCCAGACACACGCAGUGGGAGGACCCAAGACAGGGCCGGAGCCUGGUUGCGCGCGCGCAGGAGCUGCCGCUGCCAGCCGGAUGGGAGAUCCGCGUGGACCAGUUUGGGCGCCAGUACUUUGUGGACCACAACACCCGCUCAACCACGUUCACAGACCCACGCAUCAAGCUGCUGCAGGAACAAAACGCCGACAUUCCGCAGUACCAGCGCCAGUUCAAGAACAAAGUCUCUGUGCUGCGCUACUCGUACUGCCCAAAGAUUGCCGGGAGAUUCACCAUGACCGUUCGCAGGGACAACUUGUUCGAGGACUCCUUCCGUGGAAUCAUGAGCAUCAAGCCUGAUUCAUCCGGCUUUUGCAACGAACUCAAGCGCCGUCUGUAUCUCUCGUUCGAAGGCGAGGACGGUCUCGACUACGGCGGCGUCGCAAGGGAGUGGUUCUUCCUCAUCUCGCACGAGAUGCUGAACCCGAUGUACUGCUUGUUCCAGUACGCAGCGAGCAACAACUACCAGCUUGAGAUCAACCCCAACUCCGGCGUCAACCCAGAGCACCUCCACUACUUCCAGUUUGUUGGCCGCGUCGUGGGCAUGGCCAUCUACCACGAGAAGUUUAUUGACAACGGCUUCACGCUCCCCUUCUACAAGCGCAUCCUUGGCCGCGAGCUCACGCUCAAGGACCUGGAGACGGUCGACCCAGAGUACUACAAGAACCUCAUCUGGAUCCUGGACAAUGACAUUGACGAGUUGUAUCUGGGCAUGACGUUCUCCGUGGACGAGCACGAGUUUGGACAGAUCAAAGAGCAUGAACUCAAGCCCGGCGGUGCAGACAUUGAUGUGACAGACGCGAACAAGAAGGAAUACGUCGAGCUGGUGGCGCAGUGGCGGCUGUCGCGCGGGAUCCAGGAGCAGACGACGGCGUUUCUGAAGGGCUUCCACGAAGUCAUCCCCGCUGAGGCCCUCGUCGCCUUUGACGAGCGCGAACUCGAGCUGCUGCUGAUUGGCAUGGCCGAGUUUGACGUGGCAGAGUGGGAGACGCACACGAUUUACCGCAACUACGACCGCCGCAGCAAGCAGAUCACCUGGUUCUGGGAGAUUGUUCGCGAGUUUGACAACGAGCAGCGUGCGCGACUGCUGCAGUUUGUGACGGGCAGCUGCCGCCUCCCUGUCGGUGGAUUUGCUGACUUGCAGGGCAGCAAUGGGCCGCAGAAGUUCUGCAUUGACAAAUACGGCAGCGCAGAUUCGCUUCCCCGCAGCCACACUUGCUUCAACCGGCUUGAUCUGCCGCCGUACAAGUCAAAGGCGGAUAUGAAGACGAAACUUACAAUGGCCAUCGAGGAGACUGAGGGCUUUGGUCUUGAAUGAGCCGCUCCCCUUUUUCUGUCGGUGUUGUUGUUUUGGCUUGCGUGUCAGCCCUCAGAAACACGAUACACUCAGCACAUUGCAUUCACAUGUCUUUCUCUCUCUCUCUCGCUUGCAUGCAUUCAUGCAUGGUGUGCGUGGUGCGUGUUACCGGGCCACGCCAAGAUAUCUUUGCGGCGAUGAAGCGUGUCACUAUGAAUGCGUGCCUGUCCUUGUUGCAUUGAGCACGUCACGUCGUGGUUAUGGUAUGUUACACAGCGGAGGAGGCUCUCCUCUCUAGCCCAGAGAUGUCGGUUUUAUUCCUUCCUCCCCCUUCCUCGGCGUCUUCUUCUUUCCUUCCUGGUUCUCCCCAACAGUUGUUUAUGUGCGUUUUGUUGUCCGUCUCGCCCUUUGGUGCUUCUUAAUCCACUUUUCCAUGUGUGCUCGCAGCUGCGCGGGUCACUGUGACGUGACACACGUGUGCGCUUGUUUGUGUAUUUGUUUGCUUGUGUAUGUGUAUGUAUGUGUGUUUGUUUUUGUGUGUGCGUACGCGUAUGUUUUUGUGUGUGUGCGUAUGUUCAGACCGCUUUUUUAAUGUGCCUGCAAUGCAAUGUGAGGUGUGUUGGUGCUGACAUUGUGUGUGCUAGUAACAGACAGGCCUUACAAUCUGGCCUUCUCCAAUCACCCACCCAAUCAACAGCAAAAAACAAAUAACAAAAGCAGC